CUCGCGUUGCUAGACGCACGUGUAUCGUUAUCGCGCGUGUGCGGGAUCUAAUCCUCCAGAUCUGUCGUGUCGCACGAGUCGCGAAAAUCUGUCAUCAGACCUGGUCAUUAGCUCGCGAGGCUCAUAAAGCGCGCGCAGUCGGCAUUCGGCAUCGCAAGGCGCACUUGCUCCCGUGUCAUCACCUUCGAGAUAAAAAUCGCUGACUAGCCUCGCUUAAAUUACGCAUCGCGUAUAACGUACGCAGUGCAACGCACCAUGAUGUUUCGAAUCGCGAGUGUCGUCGCUUUGUGCGCGCUGCUGAGCGACGCGAGUCUAUUCUACGAUGGAGCGAAGCCCGCGUAUUACACCGCGUGGAACGAAGCCGCGGAGGUGAGGAAGACGAAGGAGCCCAAAUCUAUUAAGUUCCCGGAGCGUCCGGAUGGAUUCGACGACGAUCGGGUCGCUCAGCUGACAAAUCGUGCAGAUCGUGCCUGGGUCCCGCAGAAUCCGCCGCCGGCCGUAACGGCCAGACACGUCGUCAAUCAAGCUGAUUGGGGAGCCGUAGCGACGAUAAGCACGAGAAAGGAUAUUCAAAGCUUUCCCGUUGCGAAUGUGGUCUCCAUUGCCGAUGGACCAGUUGGAAACGGUACCGGAAUACCGUACAUGUACCUCACUCCUCUCAGUUUUACCGCUCAGGAUGUCGCUAAAGAUAAUCGCGUGACUCUGUUGGUGUCAUUGACUCAGGGCAACUAUUGCAAGGAUAAUGGAUAUGAUCCGAUGGACCCGCGAUGCGUUCGAGUCAUGUUAACUGGAAAGAUUGUGGCACUGAAAAACGGUACUAAGGAACACGAGGUUGCGAAACAAUUGUUCUUUGACCGUCACCCGCAGAUGCGGAACAUGCCCUCAUACCACUACUUCUUCUUCGCCAAGUUAAAGAUGUCAGUGAUCGCCAUGCUGGAUACCUUCGGUGGUGUGAAGUAUGUUCCUAUCAACGAGUACUUCAAUCCGCCGGUCGUCUACAGGAGCCCUUUACUCCAAAGAAAAUCAUCGCGGCGUAUUAUCAUCCAUCAACCCCGUUUUCCAUAAGUGUAAAUCUCUGUCAGAAUCCAACGAGAUUCUGAUAGUCCGAAUUCCCGAGAUUUAUAAUAUUAGUUCCGGGGUUCCCUUAUAUAGGAAGGAAAGUUAAAAGAAAACUUAACUUAAAAGAAAAGUUUUAUAUUCUUCAAGUGAUUGCUACUUUUUUACACUUGCUACUUUAAAAAUGAUAUAAAAAAAGACAACGGAAACGACUAAAAAUUAAUUCUAAUAUUUGUAAUAAACUGGCUGUAGCAGUGAGUGCUGGAACUGUCCCCUAUGGAUGGCAGGGUCCGUACUAGUGGAGCCUUUUUAUAUCAAGUUCACAAAGAUGUGUGUGUAUGAAUAAAAGAAAUUUACAAUAAAUAAAUAUGUAUAUACAGGCUGAA